AUUAUUACAAGCAGAGUGGGAUUAGUUGUGAAAAGGCCGUCGGUUACGGUGGUCGUGUGUCGGUGAUUAAGGACUUUGGAAAUGAAGUGGCUUUUAUUAAGUAUUAUUGUUUGUCUCGCAGGGAGAAGUACCGCAGGGGUAUUAAAAUGCGCAGCUGACACAAAAGAUGCCAGUUGCAUGGCAGAAAGUAUAGAGAAAGAACCCAUAAAGUCCUCUCCAGUGUCCAAAAAUGAAGUUGUCCGGUUAGAGUUAGCAGAGUGUGCCCCCGGGUCAGAGUGGGAGAGCAACUGUCACAGAUGUCGCUGUGACGAAAUGGGCCGGGCCCAGUGUACUCGUAUGGAAACAUGUGAAAAAGGCACUUAUGAUGAUCCGAUAAAGUGCAAACCCAAUACAAAAUUUAAUAGAGAUUGCAAUACCUGCAUAUGCCUUGAAAGCGGUCUUGGUCUUUGUACGCUGAAAGCUUGCCCUACGAUAACUAGAAAUAAAUCGAAACUGUUGCCUGGAAGAGAAUGCUUGCCAGGCACAAGUUGGACUAAUAGAUGCAACAAAUGUGUAUGUUCUCAGGAAGGAUAUGCAAACUGUAGUAAAAAUGAGUGUCCCGGGCAAGAAAACGAGGCAGAAGUCCAAUGUGCUGCAGAAUCCACAUGGUUGAACGACUGCAAUACAUGCUGGUGCUCUGAUGGAAGGGUCAUGUGUACUAAAAUAGGGUGUUCGUUUUCUGUCAUUGACACACAUCCUAAGCUGCAAUCUCGGCUUAGUCUAGAGCAAAAAUCGGAAAAAACUGGGCAAAACAAAACGAAGUCCAUAGUAUGUCCUGCCAACCGCAUGUUUAUCAAAGACUGUAAUACCUGCUGGUGCAAUGAGGACGGAACUAGCUUCUACUGCACCAGGAAAGUGUGCCUCCCUGACGGCUCCGAACCACCUGAAGAUAAACCAGAGAGUUUACGCAUCCAUGAAGGACAAUGUCGGCCUGAUGAAGUCUUUGAGCUGGAUUGCAACAUGUGCCGCUGCAACCCCGAUGGUAAAUCGUUCUCGUGUACGCGAAGAGCAUGUGUCGUGGAAGCAGUGGUAGAUGAUAUAAAGAAUACAGCAAUGAUUAGAAGAACUAGAGCUACUCAGCAGUCGAAUUCAAACCCAGCCGAUCCAUCUGCUUCAAGAUCACCUCCGAGUGUCAAGGGAGCGCCGAAAGCCUGCAAGCCAGGUCAGGAGUUCCGCAUCGACUGCAACAAAUGUCUGUGCGAUAACGAAGGCCAGAACUUUUCUUGCACGAGGAUCGACUGCGUCGCUCAAAACAGUGGGAACGGUGGAGUGAGAAGGAAGAGAGACACAACGGAGCAAGUGAAGAUGGAUUGCGGCCCAGGAACUGUGUUCGAGAUCGGCUGCAAUGUCUGUCGAUGCUCGGCGGAAGGCAGCCACGCCACAUGCACCAUGAAACGUUGCAAGCAGGAGAUUAUUAAAAACGAUGUUAAUACUUCUGAAUCGGAUGUAGGCUUCCGCUGCAACGCUGGAGAACAGUUCAAACGUGAUUGCAACGACUGCACCUGCUCUGCUGACGGAAAGAGCGUCUUCUGCACACUACGUCUCUGCGACGUGGACAUCAACCCGACCAUCUAAAGCUCUCAAAUAUUUAACCGCUAUUCCAAAGUAGAUGCAUUUAUAUUAUUUUUUCAAUUGCAAUUGUUUUCUACAAGCAGACCAUCUUUAAAUACUCAAGCUUCAUUGAUGUCUGACGUUAUCAAAUGAGAUUAAUUCGUAUAAUGUCGCAUAGUAUUCACUUAAUUAUUUUUAUUUUGUAUUGUUUUAGUUUAAGUAAGCUAACGCUUUCGUAUUUUAUUGGCUUAGUGGGUCAGUAAGGUAGUUUUGGUUUGGAGAAAAUUGGAUUAUAUUUUUGAUCCAAUUUACUAUACAUCAAAUGUCUUGUUUGUCUACAACCAAUGUUUUUUAAGUAAAGAUGUAAUCAUUGUAUUGUCUAAUUCACUUUAUUAUUAUUGUUUUUUAAAAAUAGCUAUUGUAGAAGACCAAGAGUACAAGCCAUCUUUACCUAAUCAUAAAUAUAUUUAACUUAGAUUGUUUUGUUCGAUGUGAUCUAUAAUUUCGCAAAAACCAACCACUCCAACACCGUGUGUUAACUUACUGUAGUUAUAAGUUUAGGUUGUUUUAGCAAAGCUAUAAUUUACUGCAAAUUCUUUAUUUUUAUAAACAAUUUUUUUUUUGUCAUCAUCUAUUAUAAUGAAAUGUGUAGUAUUUUAUGUUCCCUUACUUCUACGUUCUGAAAAUUCAAAAUUAUUGUAAAAUUUAAUUUGAUUCAAGACAAUAGUAUUUAUCCUUACUUAGGUAUAAGCAGUACUUCAAAAUAUAAUUUAGUAGAUUAAAAAUGGCAGCUCCUGUAUCAUUGGUAUCAAAACCAUUCGUUUUGAAGAUUUGAAAUACACAUAUUGACACUAUAAGUUUGUUCGUCGAAAGUAAGAUCACUAGCGACCUUGGGCCUUAAAAUUGCUUCGUACCACAAACUCAACUCGCAUAGCUAUUAUAGAACCUGACCUAAAGAUUGCGGAUAUAACAAGGCGACAAUACCAAGAUGUUUCAUAAUACUUAUCAACUCUCGACAAAAGAUUUUAUUAGAAUCGUUAUUCACUUUUCAUAUUGCGUUCAUUAACAAGACUAUAUUUUUUUAUAUAAUUAAAACACAAACACAGGUACGUAUGUGAAUGUAUUAAGCAAUACGUAAGUUAAAUUGUAAAAUAACAAACAAAUAAAAUAUUAGAAUAUG